CUACUCAAUCAUAAAUUCUCAUUUCUUGUGAGAUAUUUCAUUCCUGCAGACUGCCUUCACAAUGAGAAACUUAAAUAUUUUAAGAAUUUAUGCGAAUGUACUUUGUAAAAAUAAUAUUUCAUUUCAGCGAUAUCAUAAGUGUUUGACACAUGUUAAAAUAUUGACAGCACAGUACAAAAGCGAAGUGAAUGUAGAAAAAUUAUACCCAAACAGCAAUCUUAAUUUUUUAAGAAAACUAGAACAAACAGAAACUUUGAGUCAAAGUCAACAACAGGAAAAGGCUGAAAAGCCUAAGAAAGAACCCUUCACUGGUUACAUCCCUAUAGAAAAUUUACAAAUAACCACAUCAAGAAGCAGUGGCCCUGGUGGACAGAAUGUCAAUAAAGUAAAUAGUAAAGUGGAAAUAAGAUUUCACCUUGAAUCGGCUAAUUGGAUUCCAGAAUGGAUCAAACCUAAACUUGCAGAUCAGGAGUCUGGGAGGUUAACCAAAGAUGGCUUCCUGGUGGUGCAGUCAGACAUGACAAGGAAACAGAUGUUGAAUCAGGCAGAUUGCCUCAAUAAAAUUAGGAAAAUGAUUUAUGGUGCUGCAGUUGAGCCUCGCGAACCAACAAAAGAGGAAAUUGAGCUAAGAGAAGAAAGACAAGCCAAGGCAAAAGCAGGAAUUCUGCGUGAGAAAAAAAUUAGAUCUUCUAUCAAACAGAGUCGAUCAUCACCACAGUUUUAGAAAUAAUUUACAGCCAACAAAAAUGAAGUUUAUCAAAAAGUAUUUGUUUCAUAUCCUAUUAAAUCUCUUUUUAAAUCAA